GCAAAUUUGCAAUUUACAGCUAUAAUAAUCUUGUAAACUGCAAAUGUGUGUGCAUUUUAGAAAUGUAUGUAUGUCUAAAUAAAGGGUUGUAAAUUAUUGUUCUAUAAACGCUACAGCUCAACAUAUAGCAUAGCUGUAAUUAACUAAAACAUUCUACUAUUUGCUAGAAGUACCUGUUAAAAGAUCAGAGUUAAUUAUUCUAAAAACAGUUUUAGGCCAAAUAACUUCAAGCCAAAUUAUUUAUGCCAAACGACUUUAGAGGAAAUAAUUUAAGGUCAAAUGACUUUAGGCCAAAUACGUUUAGGUCAAACGUCUUUAGGUCAAAUAAGUGUCACAAAAUUAUUUUAGGCCAAGCGACUUUAUGUCAAACAAUUUUAGGUCAAAUGACUUUAGGCCAAAUAACUUUAUGCCAAACGAAUUUAGGUAAAACUAUUUUAGGUCAAAUGACUUUAGGCCAAACAAAUUUAUGCCAAAUGGUUUUAGGCCAAACAUCUUUAGGCCUAAUGACUAGGUAAAAAACGUUUAGGCCAAGUGAAUGUUCUGAAACAGUUUUUGGCCAAAUAUUUUAGGCCAAACGAUGCGCUCCCGUAGUUUAUACAUAACUGUAGUCUGUUCCUCUAAUUGGACUGUUGUGUCGUUGCGUGAUGUCUGAGUGCGUUAGAGUGAGAAUGUGAGUGGUGGGUCUGUGCCAUCUGCAUCAAUAACACGUGGUCACCAUGGAGAUGAUGGUCUGGCCCCCGAAUGCUUAAUGAGCGUGCAGCAGGUGUCCUUGGACGCGCGCAGGUAAUCAAUAGUGGGAUGUGGCAGGUGAGACGAUGGAGGCCAGGUGGUCACUGGUAAACACGGGAGUGGCGUGUGACAAAGCGUGAUCCAUGCCGUGCUCGCUGGCCCAUGUCUUGUGGAGGGAGUGUUUUCAGCCGUGUCGUCUCUCGCCCACAGCUCACCCUGUCAAGUAACAUUGUGUCUGCUGGUUCUCCUGGAUAGUUAAUAUCUAAUGGAGCUAGUGAUUUUGUAGGGCGCAUAUGUGCAUAUACCUUUGUAAUGGUUUAUUUAUUAACAAUGAUACCUGAAACAUAGUUUUACUUUGGCAUGGUUGACUUUUUUUUUUAAAUGUAUUAAAUAUAGUCCCGAAAAUUGUGGAGGAAAUUGUUUCCUCUCCCUCCAAGGACUCAUCCAAGGGGGUCGGAUGGUGCCUGAAGACUUCGGGCAGCACGUCAUAAUCAACUGACUUCAGUUUUCCUCAAUUUUGAAAAAUUGGGAUGAAGCCACUCGGAUGAAGAUGAACCGCUACAUAACUCUCAACCAGCUGGGGGACGGAACCUAUGGAUCGGUCGUGCUGGGCCAGCGCAUCGACACCGGGGAGAAGGUCGCCAUCAAGAGAAUGAAGAGAAAGUACUAUUCCUGGGAUGAGGCGAUGAACCUUCGGGAAGUGAAGUCCUUGAAGAAGCUCAGUCAUGCCAACUUGGUGAAGUUGAAGGAAGUAAUUCGUGAGAAUGACACCCUUUAUUUUGUAUUUGAGUACAUGAAGGAGAACCUGUACCAGCUGAUAAAAGACAGCAGGGAUAAGCUGUUUCCGGAGCCCGUCGUGCGCAACAUGACGUACCAAGUGCUCCAGGGACUGGCCUUCAUGCACCGCCACGGCUACUUCCACCGUGACAUGAAGCCAGAGAACCUGCUGUGCAUGGGGCCUGACCUCGUCAAGAUCGCUGACUUCGGGCUGGCCCGGGAGAUACGCUCACGCCCGCCCUACACCGACUACGUCUCUACUCGCUGGUACCGGGCCUCGGAGGUGCUGCUCCACUCGACCAGCUACGGCUCGCCCAUUGACCUGUGGGCCGUUGGCUGCAUCAUGGCCGAACUGUACACCUUCCGUCCCCUCUUCCCGGGCAACAGCGAGAUCGACCAGAUAUUCAAGAUCUGCUCCGUUCUUGGCACACCCGACAAGCGAGACUGGCCAGAGGGCUACCAGCUGGCAGGAGCCAUGAACUUCAAGUUCCCACAGUUCUCUGCGGUGCCGCUGAGUUCCGUGGUGCCCUCGGCAGGCAAAGAGGGCAUCACGCUCAUGAGCAAGCUGCUGGCGUGGAAUCCUGGCCACCGGCCCACUGCUCAGGAGGCCCUCAGGCACCCGUACUUCCAAGUGGGGCAGAAGCUGAGCUGUGGCACGUCCCAACAGCUAGAUGCAACCAGCCGGACACGCAGCAACGCCACUCUCUCCCAGAGCUUCCUGGCGCAGGGCAGCGCAAGCCUGGUGUACGGCCUCAAGAUGUCGCAGGCACCCGUUGACAAGCGGGCGUGCAGGCUGGGCCCGGACCCCUCCCAGGAUGACACAGACCUGGCCGAUAUCUUUGGGGUGAAGGUCAGACACGCAGAGCAGCAGGAGAACCGGCCUGACAACUGGGGGGUCGCGCCCCCGCCCCAGCGCGCCAGCCCUGGUAUCAAGAGGCUCAGCGCCAAACAGCACUACUUGUCCGUGGCCCGCUACGUCGCCGGCCAGAGCACCAAUGUGACCAGGGGCGGGCAAGAAUGGGCAGAGGAGCAGGGCCUGAAAAUCCGCGGGCUGGACGCAGGGCUGUGGUUGGCCCGCCCUAACGCUGACCCUCUGGUGUCGGCCAAGAAGCACUACCUGGGGCAAACGCGCUACAUCGCGGGCCAUGGCACCAAGCUGCGCGACCUGACUGGGGGAGUUGUCGUGGCAACGGACAGCGCGAAGGGGACACGGGUGCCGUCCGGCCGCCCGAGCGCAGGAGCUCAUGGUCGCACCGACUGGGCUGCCAAGUAUCUGAAAUGAAUUCUGUGGUGCAUCAUGUCAGGUGCCUCCAAGAAACUGUGAUAAACAUUAUGUUUUGUCCAAUGACUUUAAAAUUUUCUCUUCAUGGUUGCUACAGAAAUAGAAUAUUAGAAUUCCCUGACUUUCUUUUGAAGUACGUAUCAUAAAUAUUAACAUGCAUAUAAUUAAAUGUAAUAUAAAAAUUUCAGCAUGAGGUAAAAUAAGGUUUUUUUCUGUUAUUUUGACGGUAGAAUUGUGAAUGCUGCAAAAACGGUUAAUAUUUAUUUCAAUAUGUCUAUAUUAAACACGAUUACACUAAAAAUUCUAGUGGGGCCAUUAAAGAGGACCACUUUCGUUUUUACUGUAUAUUGAGCAUUUAGUCAUAUGAACACUUACUUAAGCAUAUUUCAUUUCACCUGCAAAAUAACUUUAAAUACUAUACAAAUUACAUAAAUACACAAUUUAAUUUACACUGUAAAAAACCCACUAAGAGUAAAAAGUUUAAACAAAAACACAUGAAAAAAUUUACAUACUAUCCAAAAACCUCACCAAAAAAUUAAGUUUUUGAAGACAAUAUCACCAAAAAUUAUGUUAAUUGCAUAUUGUAAGCUCAUAUAGCAUAAAUUACAUCCAUGAAUUACUAACCUCCUUCACUAAAAUCAUAAAUACAUCUUUGGAAUUUCAUCUUUGAAAUAAGUUGCAUUAAACUGUCAAUCACAUAUACUUAAUCAUAAUUUUUGAUGUAUAGAACUAAUUAUGUUAAGAAACUAUAUUACACAAAUUACGUAUAAAACAUAUUAAUUCUUACACACUGCAAUAAGCUCUCAGGAUGUGAAAUCAGGCAUGGAAAACAGCAAUUUCAGUGUAUCUAUUUGUUUUCUUUGUUUUUAAGCCAUGUUCAGCACAAAUCAGGUUGCACAAAGUGGGCUAACAUACACUAUAAUUGUCAUGAAUUAUACAAGGUUGCGUAGUUAAAAAAUGAAAAAAAUACACAAGUGUCUACACUGCAACACCACCGAGGAAAAAUAUACAAAUACAGGAGAAUCCCGUUAUAGCGAGCACGGUAAUACUGAGAACAUGGCUAUAACGAGGUCUUUUUGAGGAAUUUACGGCGUGAACGCGUAAUAAGAAUAUCUGUGUGAAAGUAUGGUGCUAAACCAAAAACAAUAUUGUGGGCCAUUUUAGCCCGGCCUAACUGCAUUCGUGCAGCAAUUUUACUGUCAGGAAACAUUUUCGGAAAAAUGUCAACAGCCUUUGCUGCAACAGACAUUGAUGUGUGGUUUAUCACAUUUGACAAGCACCACAAUAUUUCUGCCUUUGAGACCAUCCCUCAAUAGGUACUUGUUGAGACCAUAUAUCUCAGAAGUAACUGCACUGCUGCUGAAUGAAGAGGAUGAAGGCUGAUGCUUUGUAGGCGACUCUGUCACCACUUCAGGAUUGCUCAGAUUUUCGACUUGACCCUUGUUAUCUGGGAGCGCCUAGAAAACAAAAACAAGAACUCAAUCCAUUUACGGAAUUUAAUUUAAUUUUUUUAAGUUGGCAUGUGUAACAUAUCAAUUUUCAAAGUACCUGUAGGUUUAUAAAUCCAGUUUUUUUUUAAUGUGAAACAAUAGUUGAAUACACCAAGACCCUUACUAAACCCCUGCUGUGUAACCAUUUGGGCUCAUUAACUAAAAAUAACAAUUAUGACAUUGUUUAAAAUUUAUAAAUAUAAAUGAAAAAAUAAAAGAACAAAAAACUUUUAUUUACUUAUUUUUUAUACCUGAUUUAAGCUGCAAGGUUGCAGUUCAAUAAGCUCAAUAGCUGAAGGAGAGUUUAUUGCAAUUAAUGCCAACAAGUCUUACACAAAAAAUUUAAGGUGAAAAGUAAGUAAUUCAAAUUAUUAUUACCAAAUUGUUUUACACUAAUUUAGAAUGGUUAUAGAAAUACUUAAGCUGUUGAAUUUAAAACACAAUAUACAUACAAGUAGGGCCAUAAGAAUAAAUGUUGACAGUAGCUAAUUAUUGGAAUAAAUAAAUGAAAUAUAUGUUACUGGAAUAAUGAUUUAAUACUACCUUUACUAUUGCUGAAGGAUAUUUUAAUAAAAUAUUCCAAGUUAAUUGCUUUUGUGAGGUUUGGUUAGAUACAUUAUAAGAUACCUGCAGAGGAAUAAUGUUGCUAUUUGAUUAGGUUAACUAUGUAUCAAAGACUUUUUAAUAUGACUAAGUUCAUCAAAAUUUUACAAAUUCAUUUCAAUGGUUGGUUAACCAACAUCACUGUUUUACAGUAUUUAUAAUGUAGAUAAACUACUUGAAAAAUCAAAAUGUGUUCUUGCAGAAUGAUUGGAAAACACAUCAGGAAACAUGUGAAUGCAUUAAUUUAAGGAUUUUUUUUAAUUUUAUGUAAAAGUUUUCUCCUAAAGAAUAACUCCCCCUUUUUUUUUUUUUUUUUUAAUCUAGGUUCAAAUAAGUACAGUAAGUCCUCUAUUUACAUCGUUUCGGAUUAACGUUGCUAAUGUUUGAGUACUCAUGUUUCAAUUUAAGUUGUUGCUGAUUCACAAUAACGUUGUUUACAAUUACCGUAAAUCUUUAUUUUAACCAAAACACCGUAUAUAAUUAGUUUAUAAUUCUUUGUUUCCUUUGGUAGUUAAUUUAUGCUAUGUAGCGUAAGCUACACGUUCACCGCCUUAUCUUAUCAUAUAUCAUGAGGGACGCUUCCUGCUCUCCGCUGCUCUCCGCGCGGUGAUGCAAUACUACCAGCCCGCCCGCUCGGCCACCCACGUAUCUCGCACGUAGAAGUGUUAUCUACUUCCCGCAAUGACACAGCAUUUUCUCCUACCCCUUUUCAUCCAACUCCUUGGCACUUAAGUCGCUAUGAUAUCAUUGAGUUGGCCGGAGUUUUAAACGUGCCGUUGUUAACUUUAUCAUGAUUAAAUGCGUUUGUAAUAGGCCUACAGUAUCAGCUCACUGCAAUUUAUGAUUUUUUCUUCAUAAGAUGUCUUCCAAACGACUAUAUAUCUGUUUUUAUAUUUCAAUCAAUAAAGGUAAUAAAGCAGCUGGUUAAAUAACCAUUCUAUAAAGCUGAGAAGUACUAGUUGGACUUGUUUCCCACGCUGUCGGUUGUCAUUUGCUGAUAAAAUUGCCCGUUGUCACGUCUGUAUGCCAGCGCUUCCGGCCGACCUUGGGCCGUGGCCGGCCGGUGGCAUGAAACAUGGCUCAUUUUGCGUCGUUUCUAUUUACGUUGCGGUUUUCAGGAACGUAACCCCGACGUAAACCGAGGACUUACUGUAACUACUUUCAAUGUCUACUGCCAUUAGUAACUACAUAUUAAGCUUACCACUGUCAUAGUAAAAAAUUGCUUACCUCAGAAGUAAUACUUGCCGUAAACAUUUGAAUAGCAUAGCUGCUUUCCUUCGCUAAUACUUUAGCUUUGUGUUGUUUUUUCCUUCGACAUGGCUGGUGAGAGCUCUUCGACCCAUAUUGCUGAGUUGAAUACUUUCGUAGCACAAACUGCAGUACGCAGAAUUUAUGUUUUUAGCAGAGGGUUUGAUAUGCUGAAACUGUGGCUCCUUGAGCCAAUUCUCCUUAAAAGUAGUUUUAUUCGACAUCUCUAAGCUAAAAAAAAAGUACUUGUUAAUAUUCUCAGGUUAGGUUAAAAUAUUAUUGUUUAUGAAUUCUUAAAAAAAUAUAACUACACAAAUACAAAAACUAUUACAAAUUCACACCUAGCAAUAUAACGGGCCUACUUAGAGAAUUACAAUAGCAUAUUACAAUAUGCAAUACUCUUACAAUCUUACAAUGUUAACUAACGAUUCUGGGGAAAAACAUGUUCAGUUAUGCAUUUUUUUUUAUACACAAUGUGUCACACAACAGAACUCAUGGAUUAUAACGGUAAAAAAAAAGCAAUUAAAAAAAAUAGUUAGAAAAAAUGCAAAAACAUAACCGCAUACAAAAGCCACGUGUUUUCGUAUCAGCUUGGUAGUUUUAAAAAUGAGAAUUGGUAUUGCCUCUUUAUCAAACUGCACUUUAUUUUCUUAUGAUCGCAUCAAAAACUAACUUUACCUGAAACAACGCCUUUAAAUUCUCGUAAUAAGCUUUGUACUCACCUUAUUUCACGUGAAAAUAGCCUUCAAAAGAUAAACGACGCCAUGCCCGUUCUGUAGUUCACUGCAUGGAACGGAACAUAAUACAAAGUCUCAAGGGCAAAUUAGAAAAUAGCAAAACACGAACAAAUGAAGGUCUGGGUUCGCUAGUGAAUAAACGAGUGCCUGGAUUGGCCAGAAGUUAUGGUGGGUGGUUUUAACAGCAGCCUAUUGCAACGGAGAAUCGUAGACCAAGUUAAAAAAAGUUGCAUUUGCAGUGUGCCUUAAGCAGCAGCCUUUUAGCGGAGUCGUUCGGUAGCGGUACGAGCGGAUCAAAACAAAGGUUUGUUUGAAUUAUACGCAACUUUAAAAUUUCCAGAAUUCAUAGAAUUUUCCCUGACAUUUCCUGGAAUUCCCUGACCAUUUAAAUUUCCCUGACAUUUCCCUGUUUUCUAGUCCUGUAGCAACCAUGCUCUUGUAACUUUUGUAGACUAGUUUCUUACCAACUUUAUCAUUGUAGAAUUCAACUUGAUUUUAAAAAAAAUUACACAAUGUAAAAAACUCAUUUUCUUUAAGCAUACUAGGUAAAUCACGUUUAUGUAGUUAUAGUUUUAUGUUUUUACUGUUGUAAUUUUAAGUUUUUACCUAAAGUCAACAUCUGAUAAACUGGGUCAUAGCUAGUAAUUUACAGUUUAAAAGAAUGUAUAGCUUAAUGUUAUUUAUGAAUUAAAUAUGCCAUUGUACAUAUAACAAAAUAAAUGUUUUGUAAUAAAA